CCACAAGGCUGUUUCUUCAUGGAAGGCGACAAGAGGCGGCUAUAAAAAGACUUGGUGUCAAACAAUUAACAUCACACACGCUCCAGUUGUUGCGUUCAUUGUUUUCUUUGACUUCAAUCAAAACCACCCGCCAAAAUGUUUAAGCUGUUCAUCUUCGCCUGCUUCCUCGCGCUUGCUUCAGCCAAGCCUGGAGUACUCCCAGUAGCAUACACCGCACCCUUCGCCGCUGCGUACACCGCACCCGUGGCCGCAGCGUACACCGCACCCGUGGCCGCAGCGUACACCGCUCCCGUAGCGUACUCAGCGUACUCUGCGUACACGGCACCGGUCGCGUAUUCAGCGUACACGUACGCGUCUCCGUACUCUGCGUACUACCUCCGCCGUUGAAUACAAUGAAGACAUUUUAACGAAUAACUUGGUAAUUGAUCUAAUAAACGCUGGCAAUUA